UUUUAAAAUAUUCGUAUCGAUUGCAGUGAACGAAGGAAGACAGAAGCGGAAUGAACGAUGCCAAGAACGGGUAUCGAACAUGGAGAGUGCGGAGAGCAGAUGACGGUGCCGACAGGAUCGAGCCCACCGUGAAACUGCUAUGGCUGCUUUUUGGACACUGAUCAUCAUGACCGUCACCAGCAGUAUUGCAGCCGCAGUUUUCACGCCGUUGCCCGACAGGGCCGCAUCGCCGCCCCCUUUGGCCGCGCCUCUUAAUACUGCGCCCGCCCCAGGGCGCAAUCUCACAUUCCAUGUGACAAGGAACAACCGGGGUGACACAUUCGCCAGGAUCUCACCAACUGCUUCCGGAAUGGCAUGCGGUGAAGAGAUCUGCGUGGGUUUGAGCAGUGGCACUGCUACCUACAUGACAACAGCCGGCAGCGGAGAGAGAGGCGCCUCGAUAUCAUCACUGUCCAGCCGUAACGAUGCCGAUGGAGCGUGUUGGUGCCAGUGCCAUCCGCAUCUUCCCGUCUUCAGGGAGGAUUUGCGAAUAUGCGUUGACGAUAUACUCGAAUGUUCGUUGGCACCGUUCACCAGCGGUUCGACUGUCCAGCACAUCCCGUUUGUGAUUUUACCGCUGAAAGGUCAAAUCAUCCAUCCCAGCAGGGAAAUAUCGUUUACAGGACUUCGUAUGCCGGUGUGCGCAAUAACUGGUUCGAAAUACAUGACCGAAAAUGGAUGGACCGAACUGAGAAAUCCCAUCGAUGAUGACGUGCCAUUUAGAUUGUACAGAGACGAAGGAAGAACCUUUUUACAGUGGUAUGGAAGCUCGGAUUUGCGCGGUAAACUAUUUGGAAGAUUGGUAAUUGUCCAUUUGAUGUGCAGAGAAGUGUCGAACCAGAAUCAAAAUGAAAAGCAAGCCAUUUCCAGUCCGUGCAUCGCCUUUCGAAUAGAUGGAUCUCCAUACAAAUACAUUAACAACAUAACCGAGGUGAUUUUCAUCCCUGACGGUGCACAUGCGUCUACGGAAGCAGCCACUUCGACUCACUUGACUGCUACCGAAUAUGUCGCUAUCGGAAUAUGCUCGGUGCUGCUCGGUUUGGUGUACGUAGCGUCCGUGUUCCUGUACCUCCACCUGCGCAGGAAGAACAAACCGCGCGACCUGCAUUCAAUCGCUACCGCGAAAUCAGCCGUUGCCGGAACAGCCGGUGCCGAUUUGAGGGCAAGCGAAGAGGGUGACAACGUUGGUAUGGGAAUGGGAGGUGGAGUAGUCAAGAGCAAUCCUCUAUUGGCUAUCUCCUCUCACUAUUUGCACGCACCCACCGCCAAUAAUAACCCUGCCGUUAACGAUCACAUCUACAGCGACACCAACAGUUCGGACGAUAUGGAAACGCCGCCUGAUAUCAUCAGACAUCAUGAACAUCAGCGGAAGAAACACCAAACAACUUCAGCUCUGGUGCAUUACCAGCUGCAGAUUCAACAAUCGAACAGCCUCGGCAUGCACCGUCCCCGUUCUCACUUUUCGAUGUCCGAAGCGAAUCACGAUUCCACCACGGAAAAGCUGCCCGAGGAAAACGUCUCCAUUGUGGAAACUAUGGAAACGAGAGAAGAACGGCCGGAAAAUAUCCGAGCACUCACUGCCACUACCAGAAGGAAACUAUACUUCAAUCCGGCAUAUUUUGAACCGCAGCUACUUUUGACCCCGCCGCCGGCAGCCGUAGAAUUUCUUUGCAAGAUCCGCGAAGUGAUUUCGAUAGCGAAGGAGAAGAUGGCUCUGAAACGGUUCUCGCCCAGCCUGUUGAACAUCCCCGAAGAGGAGGACGUCGUCGCGUUGGAAGGCGGAGCGAGAACGGGGCGUACCUUCGGAACCGGCAGCGGCGUCAACUCCGUAUCGACCGCCAUCACCAGAGCGAACGUGAAUCUGAAACGAGAGAACAGCCGUCGCAGGACGACGUGCGGAGGGUGUCCGGGAUGCGAGCCGCUACAGAUGGCCGCCAGAGGGCGCAGCGCCGCGCAUGCGAGACACAACGGCGGGGGGAAACUGCCGGAAUUCGCGGCGCUGCCCGCGUGCCAGAACUGUCAGAUAUUGCCCAUCGAUAACAAGCAGACGAUCAUUAGAAAGUGGUUGGAGGACAUUCCUGCAACGCGGAACGUGGGCGACACCGCGAGUGCUCCGAACAGCACGAUGAGCGGCGGUGAAUCCCCCAGAAGGUUGAGGUCUCCGGCGAGGUCGCUGCCGCCGUACCAUGAACGUGCGACGUCUGAUCGGCGCGAUCUUAGAUCGGUUAUCGGUAGCGGUGGCGCUGAUUCGGCUGAACGACCACAUCGCCUCAUCACCUCAAUGGCGAACGAUCGGAUUUCGACAAAACCGAAAAGAAAAACCAGAAAAUCGCACCAUCCUCCACCGCCUCCUGUACCUGUUCCCGUUGCUGUUGUUGCUGCCAACAAGCAAAAUCAACACAAUGAGACAAGAAUAAUGAACCUGCCACCACCAGACAUGAUUCAAGAGGCAAUGGAAGUGGACCGAACCGAAAGAGUUUCCUUAACUCAGAAGCAGCAGGAGGAGAUUAUCAAAGGUCUAACGUUCCAUCAAAACCUUGUGUUACGGGAUAACAUCGGAAAACCGCAGCAUCUGAAGAGCAAGUUUGAAAAUUACGUUGAUUACGAGACCGACAGUCUCGAAAGGAUUGCUAGGAAAGCGGUGUUGUCGGAAUACGGCAGCAACGGGCGAGGCUUGGAAUCGACCGUCGCCGUAUCCGAAUCGUCGUCUUCGCAAGCAUCGCCUUCGUUGAGCGGCGGCGGUGGCGUCGUCGGCGGCGGUACCGCGACGCUUCCGGACCACGAAGAAAUGACGAUGCGUAAUGCGAUUUUCAACACGCGCACCGGACAUCAAACCAUUUCCAAGAUCAACGUACACGAAAAUAGCGCCGAACGAAUAGCUGCCGACCAUCAGGACUACCAAGUGAUUAUCACCAGAAGAGGUUUCUUCGAUAAAAAUAUCAACGGAUCUCUUCAGGUGAGGAACGGAAACGGCGGAAGCGAAUACAGCCUGGUAAGCGAAGUGUAUGUGAACAACGGAUACAAUUAUGGCAGCGCACCGUCUUCGCCAGGAUCAUCAUCGCCAUCAUCGACCAUGGACAGGCGUGCGCUUCAUGGAAAUCUUAAACUCAAAUACGAGAAGGACGAAAGUAAGCCGGGAGGCAAAUUGCUGAUCGAGGUGGAGGAUUGCGCGGAUCAUUACAUUCCCGUGUGCGAAUCGGACGGUUUCGAGCCGGACACGUUGGACCGGAAACCGACUGCGACGCCUGCCAAAUAUAACGAGUUCUCGCUGCCGCCGUUGCCGUUGCCUCCAGAUGGCGCUGACGUCGAUUCCGCAAAUGCACCGCCGGCGCCGUCCAAGGACAGGCCUGCGCAGAUACUGCUCAGGACUACGGGCAGUUUCAGGAGCGAUGCAUUAGCCGAGAAUAACGAAAAACUACAUUCCGGGAAUUUUACAAGGGUGUUCGGUAGUUUGAGGGAUAUCUACGAAGCGAAAAUGAAAGGCACCUGUAAACAGCAGCAGCAGCAGCAAGAAGACGAGACAUCGACGAAACAAACGACGGGCAUGUUGUACAAUUUCAUAGAUGGUUUCGUCGAGAGCGUUGGUGAUGAAAAAGGUAGAAUUCUAACCUUAGAGGAGAGACAUUCGAAAAGGCAAAGGGCGAAACAUACUCUCGUCCAACCGGAUGUUAUCCCGCCGCCUCUCGCGCCCUCGUCCCCGGAUGUCUCUUACGCGAAUUCCACGACAUGUAAUGGAACGCAAGAUUCGUCGAUGGUAUCGAGAUCGAUUCCAAAAAACGGCAAUUGCAGGAGUGCUGCGAACAACAGAUGCAUCGGCAGCAACGAUGGUAACAGCGAGAAGAACGCAGGCAGCGGCACUCCUGCAACUGGUGCAUCAUCGUCACUAGCAGAUUUCGAGCUGUGUCUGUUGCAACGACGCCACCGCCCGAAAACUGACGGAAAUGUUGCUGUUCGUCAGGAUACCACCCACGAUUCUAUCGACAAUGCAAUGGACGUCAUACUUACCAAGCAAAACGAUGACGAAUACGUACUGCACCUCUGCCAGGUUUCGAUGGCUCUGUCAAAGAACCGAAACGGGCGCAGCGAUGCGGCUAGAAGGGCGAUAAGGAUAGGAGCAUCGACGGAAUUUGCGAAAAUGACGGCAGCGGGAAGUAAGGAGGAUUCCGGGUAUCUCAGCGGAGGUGAAGAAAUCGCAACGGCAGCCGGUGAGGAAAAGGGUGAUGCGGCACAGACGUGCGGCGGCGUAUCGUGGCGGCGGACCAGCUGUUCGAUUAGCGAAGAAGACACCGAAGGGAGUUUCGAAGAUGACGGCUGCACCAGCGAAUCGGGUGCCGAGAGUAUCGAAACUCACUCGGUGUUCUUUGAUAAGAUCGCCACCGGCGAAUCUGCAGCUGCACUUGCCAAGCCGGCGAACGACAAAGACGGCGACGACGAGACACGCAACGUCUGUUGCGCCGCACGUGUUUGUAAAUAAACAGUCGCAUUUUACAUACGUUUGGUUUAUCUGAAGUCACUUGAAUAGCAUAAAAACCUUUGGUCGGUGCGUCCUUUGUAAUUUCAUGACGUAUCAUAGGCGUGCGGUCAUUUAUUUAGAACGAUAAUAAUAAUGUUUUUAUAUCACAAUGAAUGGAUUUUACUAUCUUCUUAUUUUUUUGAUUUGGGAUAAAAAAUACUUAUA